GGAGGGGAAAGAGGCUUUCAAAAGCAAGCUAGGCAGCCAAAACACCCUCGCGAUAGGAUUAUAAAUCUAUAGAGUACCAAAGGUUUGGACUGAUAGAGAGGAGCAUCUCCCAGAGCUGUUUGAGGUUGAGUUUCUGCAGAAAGGCAUUCACCUAAGGAGCCAUGGAGCUGGGACGCCCUCAGCAUAUAAGGCAAGUGCUGCUUUUCUUUGUUUUCCUGGGAGGGUCUGCAGCGUGUUCAGAGACCUUGUGCUAUUCUGUGGCAGAGGAAACGGAGAUGGGCUCCUUUAUAGCCAACGUGGUGAAAGACCUCAGUGAUGAGGGUGUGGUGGAAGACCUUGCUGCGCGGGGAGCCAGAGUCAUCUUUGAUGAUUAUAAACCAUACUUAUGGCUGGACCAGCAGACUGGCAACUUGCUCUUAAAUGAGCAGUUGGACAGGGAGACACUUUGUGACCUCACCGAGCCAUGUAUAUUACAUUUCCAGGUAUUAUUUGAAAAUCCUUUGCAAUUUUUUCGGGCUGAGCUUUGGGUCAAAGACAUCAAUGAUCACACUCCCACGUUCCUAGAUAAAGAUAUACUUCUGAAAAUCUCAGAAGGUACUGCUCCAGGAACCUCAUUCCAAAUGGAGAGUGCUCAGGAUUUGGAUGUAGGAAAGAAUGCUGUCCAAAACUACACAUUAAGUCCGAAUCCUCAUUUCCACCUUAAAUUACAAGACAGUGAGGGGGGCAGAAAAUAUCCAGAGCUUGUGUUGGACCAAUCCCUGGAUCGAGAAAAGGAGCCUGAGCUUAGAUUAAUGCUAACAGCCUGGGAUGGAGGGUCUCCGCCCAGGUCCGGAACUGCGGUGGUUCGUAUUUUGGUUUUAGAUAUCAAUGACAAUGCCCCGGAGUUUGAGAGGCCUGUCUAUGAGGUUCAGGUACCAGAAAACAGCCCUCUGGACGCUUUAGUCAUCAAGGUGUCUGCCACAGAUUUAGAUGCAGGAAUAAAUGGAGAACUAUCUUAUUCAUUUUCCCACAUCUCCAGAGACAUACGGAAAACAUUUGACAUCCAUCCAAUUUCUGGCGAAGUCCAUUUAAAAGCGCUUCUGGAUUUUGAGUUAAUUCAGUCUUAUACAAUAAAUAUUCAGGCCGUAGACGGUGGGAGCCUCUCGGGAAAAUCAGCAAUUUUAGUUCACGUUGUAGACGUGAAUGACAACCCACCUGAAAUAGUCAUAACAUCUCUCACCAGCCCCAUACCAGAAAAUGCGUCACCUGAAAUGGUGGUCGCUGUUUUUAGCUUACGAGAUCAAGACUCUGGAGAUAACGGGAAGAUGGUUUGCUCAAUUGAAGACAAUCUCCCCUUUCUCUUGAAGCCCACUUUCAAGAAUUUCUACACCCUGGUAACAGAGCGGCCACUGGACCGAGAAACCAGUACCAAGUACAACAUCACAAUCACAGUCACAGACCUGGGGACUCCCAGACUGAAAACCCAGCACAACAUAACCAUACUGGUCUCCGACGUCAAUGACAACGCCCCAACCUUCACCCAAACUUCCUACACCCUCUUCAUCCGCGAGAACAACAGCCCUGCCCUGCACAUGGGCAGCGUCAGCGCCACAGACAGAGACGCAGGCGCCAACGCCCAGGUCACCUACUCGCUGCUGCAGCCCCAGGAGCCCAGCCUGCCCCUGGACUCGCUGGUGUCCAUCAGUGCCGACAAUGGCCACCUCUUCGCCCUGAGGGCGCUAGAUUUCGAGGCCCUGCAGGUAUUCGAGUUCCUGGUGGGCGCCACAGACCACGGGUCCCCGGCACUGAGCAGCCAGGCGCUGGUGCGCGUGCAGGUGCUGGACGCCAAUGACAAUGCGCCCUUCGUGCUGUACCCGCUGCAGAACGGCUCUGCGCCCUGCACUGAGCUGGUGCCCAGGGCGGCCGAGCCUGGCUACCUGGUGAGCAAGGUGGUGGCGGUGGACAGCGACUCGGGCCAGAACGCCUGGCUGUCUUACCAGCUGCUCAAGGCCACAGAGCCCGGGCUGUUCAGCGUGUGGGCGCACAAUGGCGAGGUGCGCACCGCGAGGCUGCUGAGUGAGCGCGACGCGGCCAAGCACAGGCUGCUGCUGCUGGUCAAGGACAAUGGCGAGCCGCCUCUGUCAGCCAGUGUCACGCUGCACGUGCUGCUGGUGGAUGGCUUCUCUCAGCCUUACCUGCCUCUGCCCGAAGUGGCGGCCGCCGCGGCCCAGACUGACCCGCUCACGGUCUACCUGGUCAUCGCGCUGGCGUCGGUGUCGUCGCUCUUCCUGUUCUCGGUGCUGGCGUUCAUCGCGGUGCGGCUGUGCAGGAGGAGCAGGGCCAGCUUGGUGGGUGGCUGCUCGGUGCCUGAGGCCCACUUUCCGGGCCACCUGGUGGACGUCACCGGUACUGGGACCCUGUCCCAGAGCUACCAGUAUGAGGUGUGUCUGACCGGAGGCUCUGGGACCAGUGAAUUUAAGUUCCUUAAACCCAUUAUUCCCAACCUCCCACCUCAAAAUCCUGAAAUGGAGGAAAGCCACGCCUUUCUGAAUGGCUUUGGGUUCAAUUAGGGAUUUCAUUAUUAUGUAAAACUUUGAGAAUGAGUGCUACUUCUUUGUAAAUUUAUUCAUCUUAAUGUAAAAUUCUUUCUUUUGGGAAACUUCACUAGUAGCUCAGAAAUUUCAAUGUCUACAUCCUGCUAUUCUUUAUGUUAACUGUGAAAAAUCCGAGGGAGCUAAAUUUUGUUUAGUUUUUUUUUUCUCAAAUAAUUUAUUUAAAUACAGGGUGAAGCACAAGUAGGUUUACAGUUGUUUGUAUGGAAAAUAAUACAAUGAUUAAUAAAUAUUAAUAUGAGAAUAAACUGUGUUUGUGUACUCACAACUGCAAACCUACAUUUGCCCACCCUCUAGUUAGCAUUUUCCCUUCAAGCUUAAUUGCACACUCUGCUCAGUCAUCUUCUGUGAGUGUUCUGGGCUCUAGAUGUUCUCUCUAAAACAGUUUUUAUAUGUUUAGCAUUAUUGUUUUAAAGAAAAAUGCAUGAUCUGAAUAAAAACAUAAUUGCUUUC